CCAGACACUAACAGCAGCCUUUAACACAGCCCAGCCUGCUUUCUGGGCAUUCGCAUCAGAGGCAACACAGGAUACACACUCACACACACUCGCACACACUCACAACCACUCAAUCAUAUCUCAAACUGGAGUCGAGUGAGGAAACAGAAUGUCAGGGAAGGAAGCGCUGAAGCCAGUGGGAAAGCAGAAUUUGCCUCAAGUCUGUUCAGCUCUUUUCUGACCCACUCUACAGGAGGUCUGAGGGGGAAGUUUGGAUUUAUAAAAGUUCUUAAAUAUCUGAUGAUAUUUUUGGAAAUAGUCCAACAUACAAGAGGAUUUUAGAUUUAGUUAGGUAGUAGAAAAUCCACUUGGAUACCGCUUUCAAGAUCUGGAUUUUCAAACAGAGAAGACAUACAUCAGGAGGAAAUUCUUGAAAUUCUCUUUGUCUCUGACCGCUCACCGCUCUCCAGGUCUUUCACAGUGCCAUCAUCUGCUGCCACAGUCAAGCUUCAGGAGGAGGUUUACCACACACACUGACCACAAGAAAGAUGAGUCUGUCACGGAAUGGGACGCUGGAGAAGACAAUGUCUGAGCAGGGCCACUCUGAGCUGGGCUCCCCCUCCAGAGCGGGGUCAGGGGUCGUUGUGCCGCCUCCAUACUCAAUGGGUGGCAGCGAAGCUGCUGCUGAACCCCCACUGGAGUUAAGGGGCUCUCUAGACUGCUGGGCAUGCUCUGUGCUGGUCACUGCACAGAAUAUGAUCAUAGCACUGAUCAACGGUGGGCUGGCCACCAUCAUUUUUGGCAUCAUUCUCACCCCUGCUCUCGCCAUGAUCAUAUUUGGCUUCCUUUGCCACUCCACGGUGCAGCCCCAUGGAACAUCCCUGUAUUGCUCAGACAUACUGGAUGAUGCCGGCUGUGUGGCUCUGCUGGUCGUGGGCUUCCUGCUGCUCACCCCUCUGCUAGUCCUGGCACUCGCCGCCUUCUGUCGCCUAGCCCGACAUCUCCAGCUGGGAAUGUGUUUCAUCCCUUAUAGCCGCGCCGUCUACAAGAACCUGCCCGCUUCACGCCAACGGAGAGGUGAUUCAGGAGGCUGUUGUGGAGGGCAGGGAGGUGGAGAGAGGGAGGGGAAGGGGAGCGUGUGGGUGUAGGAGAGGAGGAUUGUAUUUGGUUGUAAUAUGUAUCUCUGUUUAUUGAUGAGAGUUGGGUUGUUGUUGAGUUUGGCUCUAAUGCAAAUUGCCACUGUAUUUCUAUUUCUAUUUCUAUUGCUAAAGCCAUUGUAAAAAGCCAUCAUAUGUCAUCAUUUAUAGUGAUUGUUUGUACAUCAGUAUUGCUUUUUUUUAUACAAGUUCAAUAUAUUGAAUGUAUUUUAUACCUUUUUACAAUAAAGUGUCACUCAACCUGCC